GCUUCUAGCAGCAUGUCGAAAGUGGGAAUUGCGCAGUUGCAGAGGCGUCUGGAUGGUUUACUGGCAUUCCUCAAUCCUCACUGGGAUUUUGUCAAUUGCCACAUGGUGAACUACUUGACGGAAGAACACUGGAAUGCCUUUCUUUCCGAAACCCUGAAAAGUGAGAUCUCUGGCAGUGAAGAUGUGACUCUGGCUAUAGAUAACUUAUUUUGGAAAACUGAUGAAUCGGUAAGGUUUCCGGCAUGGCGAGAAUUCCUAGGAAAGAGCAAGCAAGAAUGCCUAGCGCUUCAUCCGGAAUUGCUGACCAGCGUGGAGGAACUCAUUGAGGGACAGGAAAACUCCACGCAGCUAAGCAUUCGGGAGUUUAUGAGCGCCAAAAAGUGUCAUGAGGUGGAACUAGCAGCCGCUCUUGUGGACCAUCUUGUAAAGAAUUAUGGUCAAGGCGGUUUCAUUGUGGACGCAGGUGAUGGCAAGGGGUAUCUUUCCUCGCGCUUGGCGCUGCAAUACGGUCACCGUGUGCUUGGCAUUGAUGCGAACGCGGAAAACACACAGAACGCCUUGAGUCGGAAUCUUAAGCUGCAGCGCGCUUGGAAUGGACUCACGGAACGAGCGGAGCUGCAAAUCCAAGGAAUCACGCCCAAGAGACGGGGUAAGAAGUCCCCAGCCAGGGACAGCACGAAGAGUGCGCCAGCCUUGGAAAACUAUAAAACAACGGCCAAGUUUAUAACUACCGAACUUAACUUUGGCGCCUUGCUGGCAGAGCAUUUCACUCAGUUAGGCCCGAAAGAGAGUCCAAACAUUUGCCUUACUGGAUUGCAUACUUGUGGCAACUUAGCGGCCACCUGCCUUCAGGUUUUCCAUGCCCAAACGGACUGCCGGUUACUAUGUAACGUUGGCUGCUGCUAUCAUCUGCUGAGGGAACGCUACUCGCAGCAGGAAUUCUUUGGCAAUAAGGCCCUGAUGGACCUGCAAACGGACUACGGAUUCCCAUUGAGUCAGUACCUCCAGGAGCGACAAGUGCGGAUGGGUCGCAAUGCCCGGAUGCUGGCGGCCCAGUCAAUUGAACGCACCGUGGAUGCCAAAGAGCUGCCCAAUGUAACGCUCUACUAUCGAGCUCUUUUGGAGACUCUGGUUUACCGUCAUGCCCCGCAGUUGAAGAACGAACUGCAGGUGGGCAAGGUCCGGAAAUUCGAGAGUUUUCAGGAGUACAUUCAAAAGUGUGCCAAUAAAUUGGAUGCUCCUUGGUUGGCAGCUGUCGAGGAAGAAGAACUUCAAUCCCUGCUCCAGGAAUAUGCUGUGGAUAAGCACUAUUUGGAUCUGUUCUAUCUGCUACGUAUGUCCUUUGCUCCGGUACUGGAGAGUCUGAUUCUCCUGGAUCGCCUGCUCUACCUCAAGGAACUUGGCUAUGAACGGAGCUAUCUUAUAAAUUUAUUUGAUCCCGUCAUAUCGCCCAGGCAUUUUGCAAUUGUUUCUAUAAAGCCGCUAUCGUAAUGAUAGUGGCAAUCACAUAUGUAUCAAGAGUUUGACGGGAAAGUCGCUUCUAUUUAAUUAUUUAUAGAUAGCUGUACUAAGCUGUAAUAAACAAAAGUUAAACAAGAUGUUUACAUUAAAAAUCAUUAAAUAAGUGUAA